AUGGAAUCCACCACGCCUUUCAAGGAGAGCUAUGAACUUGGAUACGCUCAAAUCCAACUGCGAAAUCUCACCUUUCCCUUCGCUCGUGACAAAGAACUGGCCGCUGUUGAUUGCCUAGCAGCCAUCUUCAAGGAAAGGUGUGAUCCGGAUGCCAUGGAAAACCAAAUUCCUGUCUUUGUGUCACCAAGUGAGCUUGCUCUUAUACUCACGCAAACACCAGGGAUCGAGUUGGAGACUUUGGCUCAUGGUCAGCCUCCUUUUCCGCGGCUAAAGCCGACUGGAAAUGUGCGUUGUUUACAUGGUAGACAACGUUAUGAAGCAGCCAUGCGGAAUUUCGGACCUGAAAAGUGGUGGAGUGUGCGAAUAUUUCGUAUACCGGAGGGAAGCGAUCCGGAGAUUUUGCUCUUACGUCACAUUGAUCAUAGCUCUCAUCAGAUGAAGCUUUCUGAUGGCGACGUAUUUCGCCAUGUCUUUGCAUGCCGACGAAUGCGCCAGCGUGAAAACGAGAAUUACUGGCACCUGCACUUGUCUAAAGACAAGAAAGGGGCUCUCAAGAGGAUACUGGAAGAUGAAGUAAUGUCUGAACUGUUGUACGAGUUAACGGAUUACCCUGGUCUUCGCAAUGGCUGGCAACUUGGCAACAUAGAUAAGCACUUUGCUGACAGGUGCCCUGAAGAAAUAUACAAUUAUCUGCGCCACAUCAAAGAGACCUGGAGAAAAAUUACCCUGAAUAAUUCGGAUGUACGUAUGGCAACUGAUAAUGAAACCGUCAAAGAGCUUACACUCCUAUGCCCGUCCGCAAGCUAUGCCGACAACGAUAAGGUACGGCUUCUCAUGCGAUCUGGAAAGCUUUUCGGCAGCAUUUCAGAUUCUCAUCUACGCGGACAAAUUGAGCAGCAGCUGCUCGGGAUAGGCGUAGUUAUUCCAAGCAUUGAGACCUUUCACGGCAACAUGAAGUAUUUGAGAGUUGACCAAGACACGAUACUCAGAGCACAUGACCUACAUUUGAGCUCCACGAGCACUCCAGCAGCGUCCGUCGAAAUACAACAGCAAUCUGCGAUUACGGACCUUGAAGGAUUAGAUGUCUCAUACAGCCAAUUGGGCUCAGAUUCUGCCGUGAUUUCUGCCGCACAGUCUGCUCUGAAUCGAAGGCGUAUGCGGCAGCCACAAUCCGAAAGCCCGCCGUCCAUCCUCGUCCCGGAUGUUCAACAAGCAUCGUCUCCGAGCAAUUGUUCGUCGCUUGACUUGACUGAUUGUCCACUUAAUGAGGACGGAUCUACUCCCAGCUUCGGUACACCUCCCAGAAGAACUGUAACUACCUCUAUCGGCAGCCAAUUGACGCAAGAUUCAGCAACAACAGGUCGUACGAUGAUCUCACCGGGGGACAUAAUGGAGUACAUGAGAAUUGAUAAGGUUGGAAACAUGUAA